AUGCAGAAAUACGAAAAGCUAGAGAAAAUAGGCGAAGGCACGUAUGGCACUGUGUUCAAGGGCAAAAACCGCGACACGCUGGAAAUCGUCGCACUGAAACGGGUCCGGCUCGAUGAGGACGACGAAGGUGUGCCCAGUUCAGCGCUGCGGGAAAUAUGUUUACUGAAAGAGCUAAAGCAUAAAAACAUUGUCCGGCUGUACGACGUGUUGCACUCGGACAAGAAGCUAACGCUCGUGUUCGAACAUUGUGAUCAGGAUCUGAAGAAGUACUUCGAUAGCUUGAACGGUGAGAUUGAUCCGGACGUGGUGAAAAGCUUCAUGUAUCAGCUGCUGCGCGGUCUUGCCUUCUGCCACAGUCACAACGUGCUGCACCGGGACCUGAAACCACAGAACCUGCUCAUUAACAAGAACGGUGAACUGAAGCUGGCCGAUUUUGGGCUGGCUCGUGCGUUCGGCAUACCGGUGAAGUGCUAUUCGGCAGAGGUAGUUACCCUGUGGUACCGGCCGCCGGACGUUCUCUUCGGUGCCAAACUGUACACGACCAGCAUCGACAUGUGGUCGGCCGGGUGUAUCUUUGCAGAGUUGGCGAAUGCUGGGCGGCCACUAUUUCCCGGGUCGGAUGUGGACGACCAGUUGAAACGAAUAUUCAAGCUGCUCGGUACACCGGAGGAAGAAAAUUGGCCCGGUAUAACACAACUUUCGGACUAUAAACCCUUUCCUUUAUACCCUCCGACAACAUCGUGGAGUCAGGUGGUACCGCGACUUAAUUCGAAAGGACGAGAUCUGUUGCAAAAGCUACUCGUCUGCCGUCCACUGCUGAGACUAAGCGCUGAACAGGCAAUGUCUCAUCCGUACUUUACCGAAAACUGA